UAUCCAACCGCAUAUGAGAUUACUCUCGUAUUCCUAGCUUCGCACAUCAUAUGUGUGUAGCAUAGCGGACACAAGUGGAACAACUGUUUUAUUCCAACAUUUAUUCAAAGCGAUGGCGAUUAAUAUUGCUGGCGUUGUCGUAGUCGUUAUUUUCUACAUCAUCAUCCUCGGCGUGGGGAUCAUUGCUGGGCGGAAAAAGACAAAGACAAAAACAGCAAAUGAAAUGUUUGUAGCAAACAGACAGAUGGGAUUUCUUGUUUCGUUGUUCUCACUAACAGCAACGAAUGUUGGCGGAGCAUAUGUUAACGGCACGGCAGAAAUAAUCGCAUCAAGAGGUCUUCUCUGGACACAGGCUCCAAUAGGCUAUUGUAUUGGACUCUUCAUAGGCGGCUGGUUCUACGGUCCAAAGAUGCGUCGGGCCAACUACGUGACAAUGUACGACCCGUUUCAGAAGAAGUACGGUGCGAGGGUGGGGGCGCUGAUGUGCUUGCCAGAGUUUGUAGGAGACCUCUUCUGGACAGCCGCCAUCUUGUCAGCACUCGGAUCAACCGUCGCCAUCAUCCUCGACGUCGACAAAACUACAUCCAUUAUCGUAUCGGCCGCCAUUGCUGUGUGCUAUACUUUGCUUGGUGGCCUUUGGUCUGUGGCCUACACAGAUCUCGUGCAACUAUUCUUUAUUGCUGUAGGGCUGGUUGUGUCCUUCCCGUUCGCUCUCCACCACCCGUCAGUGGACAAGGAGAAGAUGAAAACACUGUGGCCCGGCACUCUACCGACAAACGAGAUCGGGACAUUCAUAGACAUCUACGGUCUACUUAUUUUUGGAGGGAUACCUUGGCAGCCAUUCUAUCAACGUGUGCUCGCAUGCAAGACUCCGAGAAGCGCCCGUAUAUCUCUAAUGCUGGCUUCUGUACUCUGUCUGUUGUUUGCCGUACCACCAGCCGUCAUGGGAGUAAUUGGCGCAUCUGCAGAUUGGAAUCAAACCUCGUACCCGAAUGAGGUUCCUCUGGCCUCUGAUCAGCUGCCAUUUAUUCUACCCCUGGUCCUCCAGUACAUGUGUCCACUCCCCGUCUCAGUCAUCGGUCUCGCUGCCAUCUCUGCUGCUGCCAUGUCAUCUGCUGACUCCACCACUCUCUCCACUGCUUCCAUUUUCGCCAACAACUGGUACCGAGGUGUUUUCAGGACCAAGGUGUCUGACCGCGAGCUGAUCUGGGUGGUACGGAUCAGUGUGUUGGUAGUUGGGGCUGCUGGAACCGUAAUCGCCAUCACCUCCACCACCGUCUACGGCCUCUACGUCAUGUCUGGGGACCUCAUGUACGUCAUCCUCUUUCCCCAACUCACUUGCGUCCUCUUUGUAAACGUUUCCAACGCCUACGGUUGUCUCUCUGGCUUUUUCCUGUCCAUUCUUCUGCGUAUGAUCAGUGGUGAACCUCUCAUUGGCCUGCCUGCGCUGAUCAACUAUCCAUUCUACACUGACAAGGACGGACAACUCUUCCCGUUCAGGACAUUGAUCAUGCUCCUUACGUUCUUUACAAUUGUCACUGUGUCGUUUCUUGCCAAGACUAUCUUCACCAGAAAUAUUAUACCCAUGAAGUAUGAUUUUCUCAAGAAUUUUCAUGACAACGAGAAUAUCGUGGAUACUGUUGCACUGGGCGCGUCCACUGCUGGGGAGUUGAAUAACCGAGAGGUGCACGCAAAAGAGAUGAACGAAAACGAGGCAAAGAAACGGGAGUUGGGCUACAACGAGGUUAAGAAACUUGAUCUGAGCGACAACGAGGUAAAACAACGGAAGGCACAGAAUUUAAUUACUUACAGCACAAGAUUGUAGAUAAUCACUAAACGUGUUAUUUGGUCAUUAUUAUCACAUAAAAGACCGUUAAAGCUCUAAAUAUAACGUUUUUCAACAUCAAAUCGAUAAUGAUUUGUUUGUACAGUGUCUCAAGUUUCGAUAAAGUACUUUGAAAGUCAGGAUUGCCUGUAUUUGAACCGAAGAUUCCUUUUUGAAACUGCAUGUAAGCCGCCAUGUUUGUCAAUGAGAUAAGCUUGGUAACCUAGGCAGUUUAGAACUCAUCUUUUCUUUCUUUUACUGCAUGAGCAAGUGAAGUAAAUGUGUACAUCUCUCUCUGCGUCAAGAUGCAUCACUUUGGGGUUUCCUCCCACAUCAAGCGAACGCGGCGUGAUACAACUGAAAUACUGUUGAAAGCGGAGUUAAACCAAAGUCACUUACUUACUAAUUCUCUCUCUCGCAAAAUUAUCAGAAUUGAAAUACAUGUAAGUGUUGCAUUAAUAGAUAUAAACUUUAAAUCAGCAGUAUUUGUGUUUAUUUUUUUAGGACAUCUUGAGGCAUUGAUCAUAACGGUGUUAGAACGAUAAUAAUCGGGAAGUAUACUUAUAUAAUGUUUGGAACAAAGUUAAGGAACACUUGGAGAUGGGAGUUAGUAUUGCUGCGUUCAAAACAGAUCCAUCAUAUAAAGAUGAGAACAUGCGAGUAAGUGAGUGACUGAGUUGGGUUUAACGCCGCUUUUAACAGUAUUCCAGUUAUAUCGCGGCACGUCAGCUUAAUGUGGGAGGAAAGCCCGAAGUGAUGCAGGUCU